GCAAGUUUGUGCGCGUAUCGCCAGUGAAUUAUGUUGACCUUGAUAAAUGUAGUUCGUGCGAAAUGUAUAAAUGACCUAAGAAAGUUUAAAAACAUGACAUAAAUACUUUAUUUUUUAUGUUAUUUAAAAGACUUUGAGAGUUUGAAGUAUUUGAAUGCAACUUAAGUGAGUUUUAGUGAAGUGAUGUUAUUUUUUUUAGUUUUUGUUAGGUUUGAUUCAAUAUUUAUACCCUCGACGAACCGGAUUCAGCAUAUAUACAUCUACGAAUAAGUAUAUUAUGCAUUUGACGUUAGAGGAUUUGUGUGAACUGCUCUGAUUUUGAUUCGAUAUUUUUGUAUCACCACCGUAUAGUAAUAUCCUGUUGAAUGUGUGAUAGUAAAAUAUGUGAUUAUAAUAUGCUUUAGUAUCAUAUGGGAAGCUCUCUUAACGAUGAAGAUAAACUAAGUUAUUGUGAAACAUUCCAGUUGUGUGUGUGUUUUACAAAAACUUUACGAAAGGUUACAGUUGACAAAUUAAAAAGUAUUCCAAUUGGACUUCAUAAUAAACACGUUUUUGCUACGAAUAUAAAUGGAAUUAAAAAAAACUGAUUCGAACAAAGUUAAAAUGGCCGACAAAGAAAAGAAAAUGGAGAGACUAAAGAAUCGACUGAUUAAAUUACAUGACAAAAUUCAAGAUCGAGUAGAAGACUUCCAGGACCAGAUGCAAACAAAGAUAGAGGCAAAAAUAUCACGGCUAGUGGCACAUUUAUCUGAAGAUAGAAGUUCUAAUGGAGACAAGGAUACUAAUUCUGAAGAAAAAUACCCCACAGACGAAAAAUCAUUCACAGAUUCAACAGAUUCUGCACAAAAACAAAACGCAUUGAUUCCAUCUGUUAUAAUAGACGAACCUAAUUUAAAUUUAGAUCCGAAGCAAAUUUGUAUGGAAUUUCUCACAAUUGAAAAGAACGGCGUUCUUUAUAGGAGAUGUUUGUCGACGUCAAAUUUAGCUGUAGAUGAUGAUUGCAGCUUCUACAGUUCGAGUGAUUCCUGUUUCUCUAGAAUUUCUUCUAGUGAUGAAAGACCCUCAGAAAUCCGACCAAGAGCUGGCAGCCUGCCACCUGGAACUAACCACGACCUUCCAACGAAUAUCAACACCUGCUCCGUUCUUCUCGAGAGGAUUGGCAACCGUUUCCCGAGUAUCAUAAGAAAAGGAGACCGAAUACAUAGGUACCUCCUAAAGAACACAAGGCUGAGUGACGUGAACAAAAGGCUGAAGGCUCAGAUAUGGAGCUCCGUGGUGACGAUAGUGCUGGUGGAGGCGAAGAACCUGCCCGCGAUGGAUGUCGAGACAAGAUCCAGCGACCCGUAUUGUAAAUUUAGGUUAGGUAACGAAAAAUACAAAAGCAAGGUAGUAUGGAAGACACUGCAUCCGUCAUGGCUGGAACAGUUCGACCUUCAUCUGUACGACGAUCAGGAGCAGAUUCUGGAAGUAACCGUAUGGGAUAAGGACAAACAAACGAAAGAUGACUUUUUAGGAAGAUGCGCGAUAGACUUAUCAAGGUUAGAAAGAGAGAAGACUCAUAACAUAUGGCAAGAACUGGAAGAUGGUAAUGGGCAGAUAUUCCUCCUGCUCACAAUAAGUGGUACGACGCAAUCGGAGACCAUCACAGACCUGGCCAGCUACAGAGAAAACCCUAGAGAUCUCGAAAAUAUCGAACGAAGAUAUACCUGGUACCACCUGAACGAAACAGCGAGUGGGGUGGGCUGGCUCUGCGUGAAAGUAUACGGUGCUAAAGGCUUAGCGGCGGCGGAUUUGGGUGGAAAAUCGGAUCCCUUUUGCGUGCUCGAGUUGGGGAAUGCAAGGCUACAAACGCAUACAGAGUAUAAGACUUUAACGCCAAAUUGGAUGAAGAUAUUUACAUUCACAGUAAAAGAUAUAAGCUCAAUACUAGAAUUAACAGUAUACGAUGAAGACCACGAUCAUAAAGUCGAGUUUCUCGGGAAAUUGGCAGUACCUCUUUUAAAUAUAAGGAACGGGGAGAAAAGGUGGUUUGCCUUAAAGGACAAGAAAAUGAGAGCACGGGCGAAAGGAAACUACCCGCAGAUAUUGCUGGAAAUGAGCGUUAUUUGGAAUCCGCUCAAAGCAGCAAUACGAGUGGUGAACCCUAUAGAGCCCAAAUAUAUGCAUCAAGAAGCAAAAUUCAAGAGGCAACUCUUCAUUCGAAACGUUAUGAGACUAAAAGCUAUUAUUAUGUGGUUUAUCGAAAUUGGCAAAAUUUUACAAGACUGUUUUGAAUGGGAAUCCAGACUCAGGUCGUUUAUUGGUCUGCUCGUCUGGUUAGCGUUUUGUUACUACUACCAAAUGUGGAUGAUGCCUUUUCUUAUGCUUGUCUUCUUUACGAGGAAUUGGCUCAUUUAUAGAUUGACAGGUGGUAAUCCUUUACUGGUUCCCGUCGAUGAUGAGGAUUUACAAGCGGAGGAAGAUGAUGAAGAAGAAGUAGAUAAAGAGGAGAAGAAAUCUCUAAAAGAAAGACUACAAGCGAUACAGGAAGUAACGCAGACUGUACAGAACGCGAUAGGUUACGUUGCUUCUCUGGGGGAAGCUGUCAAAAACCUGAUGAACUUUACGGUGCCAUAUCUUAGUUAUAUAGCGAUAAUAAUGCUAGUAGGAGCGAUGUGUGUGCUAUACUUGAUACCUUUAAGAUAUCUUCUCAUGGCGUGGGGUAUUAAUAAAUUUACUAGAAAGAUUCUGCGACCACAUACAAUACCAAACAAUGAAGUACUCGACUUAUUAUCGAGGAUUCCCGACGAUGAAACUUUAUUGGAUAUCAGAGAACUGAAGCCUCAUGCACCGAGCGAACACAGGCGAGAUGCAAGAAAGAAACAUAAAGCAUCAUAACGCACAAUAUCUUUGUAUGAAUGAGUUUAAGCGGCUAAAUAAUAUUUUUUUUUUUGGCAGAUUUUCCAAUAACCGUUAAGUAUUUCAUCAGUAGAAAUCAAAGUUAUAAACAACCCUAUUUGAAUUAUAUCUCAGAACCGCUUAAUAAUUUCAUACUUCAAUGAAGUAUAAAACGUUCAAACUAUAAUUACCUCUAUUUUUUCUGAAUAAGACUAUAGCAUUAACAAGUUAGCGCCAAAUAUCGGUGCUGUAAUAAAAAGUGAGAGAUCCCAUAAUAUUGGUAGUUUUGAUAGUACUUUUUCUUUGUACAAGUUACUAUUAUUAUUUGUAAAGAAAAAGGAACCAAACUACAUACAAUUAAAAAAAGAGUAAAAUGUGUACAGUACCUGUUUUAGACGUCCAUUAAAUAUUUUGUUAUAAAUUACUAGUGUAGAUAGUUAAAUAAUCAAAAAAGUGUUUGAUUAUACCUGUUAACUGAGAAAAUAGAAAAUUUGGGAAGCUAAUGUUAUGUCCAUUUAUGUAAAGAAAAUAAUUAAAAUUAAAAUAUAAGUAGGUACUAGUAAAAAUCAUGGCAAAGGUGGCAUUUUUUGUUAAAAUUCUCUGUAAUAGUUAGGUACUUUCAAAUCUCACAUUUUCAAGUGCUAAAAUUUUAUAUGUAAUACAUCUACUUUAUAUUGUACCUUCAAUACUAAUACUAUUUUCUAUAAUGUUUCUAUCUAUCACGAUUAACACUAAUUACUUCAAUAUUAUUCAA